AAACAACUUGGCCUACGCCCACUUCCUCACUAUGGCUACUGACGAGGGCUUCAAGCCAAACCUCGAACGAGCCCUAAGCUCUAGCAUCGCGAAGCCGGCGUAGUGCAUGUUUCAAAAAAUUGACGAUUUGUGUUAGUUCGACAUUUGGAUCAUCGGAGUGGGCGAGAUUCCUCUGUCGAAGUUUUUAUCACAAAGAGUUUGCGGAUCGCAUCGUUUCCACUGCUCGAUCUCACCGCCACCCCAAGCUCUGGACACUGGACUCAUCCAAAUUCAAUAUUAUCCAGUCGGUAGCUUGGAUUAGCUGGCUCGACGUUGUCAUCUUGACUGCUGCCAACGAGUCGGGUGCUCCCGAAUGCCAUGCAGAACCCAGCAGCCUUUGGGUCGCCGAGCGAGGUGCAUCACUUGAACAUUGCAAAUUCAUGGUUUCCUUCCGGUCUUGACCAGUUUCAGGUGGAUGCUCACGUUCAACUUGGUCAGACAUUCCCCACCUCCCUUCCUUCUGUCGGCUUCACUCACGGGUUAAGUGGUGACCUGUCGUGA